GACAAAUAUAUUGUUUAUAACUGUUUCAAUCUGACGACAUUAUCGGAAGGAUGACGUAAUUCGACUGCGCCUGCCAUACCCUUUAAAGUUAUGGCAGUAGAUUAGUUAAAGAUCGUGGUUUUGAUUAAAAUGACUGCGUCAGUUGAGCUGGCAAGAGUUUGGGCUCAACAUCAAACAGAAAAUUGGUACAGAGUGAUCUCACAGCAACACAAAGAGUCAAGUGGAGGUGACAGUCGUCCUCUCAGAGCUCAGAGGUCGUCUUCAGACCGUGCUAGGAUAAGCAGGGCGGUCCCGGGCGGAGGACUCACCAUCAACACCCUGCCAGACAACAUGACACGUGUAGUGGAGGAUUCUGGGAAGUAUUACACAUGGUGUAGCUUUGGUCCAGAAGACCAGCGGACACGGGAACUCUGGAUGGACAUGAACGACGUCCGGCAUGGCCAAGUUAGAGUCCAUGGCAUUCUGUCAAAUUCAUACAAACAGGCUGUGAGGGUCGCCCUGUCGUUUGACUUUCCUUUUUAUGGACAUUACAUGAGGCAGAUCACCAUAGCAACUGGAGGGUUUAUCUUCACAGGGGACAUUACUCACCGUAUGCUGACCGCAACACAGUACAUCGCCCCUCUAAUGGCUAAUUUUGACCCCAGUUUUUCGAAAGAAUCCACUGUGCAAUACUUGGAUAAUGGUGAGGUGUUUGUGGUCCAGUGGGAGCGGGUCAGACUCCCAGGAAAAGAGUCAGAAGGAGCCUUUACGUUUCAGGCUGCACUUUACAAAACAGGAACCAUUACGUUCAGCUACAGAGAUAUACCGCUGUCAUUAGACGUGAUUGGUACAGCUGAGCAUCCAGUAAAAGCCGGUUUGUCUGAUGCCUUCAUGGUCACACCACCUUCUCCUCAAUCACCAGAGGCUGACGAGCGGACGAUUUACGAGUACCACCGGGUUGAGGUGGACACUACAAAGAUCAGCAGCUACUCCGCUGUUGAGUUCACUCCACUGCCUACCUGCCUGCAGCAUGACAGUUGUGAACUCUGCCUCUCAUCCAACCAAACCUCUGGUUGUAGCUGGUGCAAUGUACUGCAGAGGUGUUCAGAUGGCAUGGAUAGACACAGACAGGAAUGGUUGGACUACGCCUGUUCAGAAGAGAGCAAUGCAACCUGUGAGGAUUACUCCAGGGGUGACAGCUCAACUGGUUCCUCUAUCACACCAGAGACUGAGGAUGUGACGACACUGACUCCUCGACAAAAAGGCUGUGAAAGUGACGAUGAGACCAAACAUAUAUUUAAGACUGGCAACGAUGUGUGGACAGAUUCUUCAACCAAGACUGAGGGAAUGGCUAACACAGGGGUGAUAGCCGGUAUAGCAGCUGCACUGGUGUUACUUUUGGCUCUGAUACUGGUAGCUCUUUACAUCAACUACCAUCCUACUGGCGCAUCACCACUUUACCUCAUCCAGCGACGCAAGAGCUACUGGCCAUCCUUGAAGUUUCAGAAGCAACAACCUGGUUACACAGAAGUGGAGGGAGAAGGUCAUGAAAAAGACAGCAUUGUUGAAGCUGGGACAUGUUGAAAUGAUGGAUAAAUAUUUUCAUUGAACUGAUUUCUACAAACAUUCAAAUAUAUGCAUUUGUCCAGAGCCAGUUCCACGUUUACAUUCAGUUUAUGAGCGAUUUUUUUAAGCUGUUCAUGACUUCACUGCAAAACAAUAACUUUCUUGUUUGUGUAGAUUAUAGCUGAAUGUUAUAUGAUAUUGAAUGAUCUCAUUAUAAAUGUAUAUCCCUGCUGGAAUAAAAUAUGUUUUUAUCCAAUUUGACUACAAUACAUUUUGCAAUGCAUGCCACAAGGUUGACAGCCUUAGAUACAAUGCAUAAAAUAUGCUGUUU